GACAAAUAUUUUUCAUUCAAGUGUUGUAUUGUUGAAUAUUUGAAUUGGUCCCAAGAUAAGAUGCUUUUAAAAAUAAAACUAUCUAGCACUGAAAAAUCUUACAUCAAACGCGCUCAUCUUCUUUUAAUCUGCUUGUUGCGUUCCGUCUGAAGUGCUUUGAUCGUCUGCAACUGACAGAUGUGACGUCACAUAACUCGGAUUCCUCGCAUUCCUCCAUUCGGGUAUCUCGGACGUUUUUAAUCGGUUGCUAGUAAAGAUGACGAUUUUCUCAUGUACCACCUGCAACUUUUUGACAGAACAAAAAAACAAAUGGGAUCGCCACUGUGCAACAACUAGACAUCAAACUUUUACAUUUUUAUGCUCCCAACUCCCUUGUGAUUUCGCGGACGUAGAAAGUGAUUAUAACGUGGAAGAAGCAGAAGAUGAACACCAUCGGCAUCAGAUUGAAGUUGAACCACCACUGGCACAAGACACACCAAUGGAAACAGAUAGUGACGGUUAUCUGGAACUUAAUGACGGUUAUCUGGAACUUGGUGAUGUUGAUCAAGAGCAUGCAGAUUUUUCCCAAAGGAUUCAAUCUGAAGUAGAAAAUGAAACAGCAGACAGUACCACAUACAUGUACAACCAAGAACCAGAACAUGAAAAUUGGCAUCCAUUCAGCUCAAAGGCAGAAUGUCUUUUGUACAUACUGAUGAAUUCUUCUACCCAUCAUGUUGUAAGUAUGGAGUCCAGUGCUCCAUCAUGUAUAUAUGUAGCCUAA